AAACAAAAUAACGUAAAGAAUGGAAGAAGUAUUCGUAAGCGAAGGCGACAACUCGACUCUAGAAUUAUUAAUCUCAAUGAUAUUAAUAGAAUUGCAGGAUGGGUAGAUUAUAGACAGAAGAAGGUAUUCGUAAGCGAAGGCGACAACUCGACUCUAGAAUUAUUAAUCUCAAUGAUAUUAAUAGAAUUGCAGGAUGGUCUUGUUAAUAGUCCAAUUGAAUCCAUCUACUGGAGUGACAAAAAAAGCCCGUAUUUUGGAAGUGAUUUAUGCAUGACAAGCUCUUCAACCUGGAAUAGUAUAAAACGAUCUUACGAACAUGAAAUUAUUUCAGAAGGGACUUUUUUUGCUGAAGAUUAUGAG